ACAUCUUAUUGUCCCUCUCAUCCUCGCGAAACACUGCAGAGAAGAUGGGGCCGAAGAAGUGUGGAGUCUGCGAAGAAGCUCAGUCUAAGUACAAAUGCCCCAGCUGCCUUAUACCCUAUUGUUCCCUAACAUGCUUCAAGAAGCACAAAGAAAUUCCAUGUGGAAUACCGCAGCCUUCUUCAGAAGAAAAAUUGGCUCCUACUCCUGCACUGCAUGUUGAUAAACAAUUGUGCGUUGAUGAGCCAAGCGAGGUGCUGAACCAGUCACAACUCGAGUCUGUAGCUUCAUCCAGUGAAAUAUGUGAGGCACUAAGGAGUGAGGAGCUUCAGAAACUUAUAUGCAAUAUAGAUUCUUCUACGGAUGCGGAGUCUGAACUUGAUAAAGCGAUGCAGAAUGAAGAAUUUCACAUACUUGCACAGAAGAUCUUAUCCACCAUCAGUCCUUGAGGUUCAGUUCGUAACCAUGUUCUGGAUUGUAUAUUACGUGGAAGAAGAAAGCCAUUCCUUAUGAUGCAACAAAUAUGCAAAGAGGAAUCUGCUGUGAUCUUCUCUAAGAACGGUUGCUUUGUACAUUAGUGUUCUGUUUGGAUUCUUUUUUUUUUUUCUCCUAUGUUUUACUUUGAAAACUUCUAAGAGCUCAGAAGAUUUAGCCAUUGCCCAUUGGUCAUAUCUUCAACAAUUUCAUUGACUGAAACAACUUUAAUACAUCGAUUCUAUAGCAGUAA